CUCUCCACUAACUCAUAACCUCUGUGUGUGUCUGUCUAUCCACUAACAAACAACCUCUGUGUCUGUCUAUCCACUAACACACAUCCUCUGUGUCUGUCUAUCCACUAACUCAUAACCUCUGUGUCUGUCUAUCCACUAACUCAUAACCUCUGUGUCUGUCUAUCCACUAACUCAUAACCUCUAACAAACAACCUCUGUGUCUGUCUAUCCACUAACUCAUAACCUCUGUGUCUGUCUAUCCACUAACAAACAACCUCUGUGUCUGUCUAUCCACUAACAAACAACCUCUGUGUCUGUCUAUCCACUAACUCAUAACCUCUGUGUCUGUCUAUCCACUAACAAACAACCUCUGUGUCUGUCUAUCCACUAACACACAACCUCUUUGUCUAUCCACUAACACACAACCUCUGUGUCUGUCUAUCCACUAACUCUCCCUCUCUCUCGGUCUCUCCACUAACUCUCUUUUUUUCUCUCUCUCUCUCCUAACUCUCCCUGUUUUUUUCUCGGUCUCUCCACUAACUCCCCCUCUCUCUCUCGGUCUCUCCACUAACGCUCCCUCUCUCUCUCCCUCUUUUUUUCUCGGUCUCUCCACUAACUCUUCAUCUCCUUCUCUUUCCCACACUUCCAGCAUCUCUGACUGUCCAACAAUCUUGUGUUUUUUCCCACCCAUCAUUCUGCUCCUUACCAAGUACCAUCUGUCCAUAUAUCUAGCUUUUGCCCUGUUCAUUCUUCUCCUCUUACUGUCCGUUAGCUCUCCGCCUUCAUUUCUCCUGCAACCCAGCUUUCCUAUUGAUACGUCUCAACCUUUGUUUUUUCAUUUACUCUUUUUCUUCAUGAUAAACCUUUCUUAUACUGUAUAACUUCUAUUCAUAGUUACAACCAUCUCUCGACAAUGUGUCCUGGUAUCCAUGUCUUGACGGAUGUUGUACGGAGCAGUCUGAGAAACUUCAUUCACCUUCUGUCACCUGGGGAUUCCACCACUGGCACUAAGAGACAUUACUUGGGUCUAGAUACCUACCGUCCACCCCCAACACCUCCCGGCUCCCAGCCUGCCCCUUCUAACUCACAGCUUAUAAUUCACCAGGUCACUUUUCAGCUUCCCUUCCAAGUGGAAGUCUUAUUUGAGUCAGACAGCUUUCUCCAACGCCCAAGUCCACUUUCUGGGAGUGCUUUAAGUGACUUACUGCAGACUCAUCGCAUGAAAAUGGCCGAGCGGUUCAGGAGAAUUUUCAAACUGGAGGAGAAAGGAUUCAUUCCAGACCAGGUUGCGUUUGCACAAGCUGCCCUAUCAAAUAUGCUGGGUGGAAUGGGAUACUUCUAUGGCAGUUCACUAGUCCAGUCUCUGUACAAUCCUGAACCUUUGCAGUACCCACAAGCACCACUCUACACUGCAGUCCCUUCUCGAUCUUUCUUUCCUCGAGGCUUCCUUUGGGAUGAAGGGUUUCACCUGCUGUUGAUUGCUCGCUGGAACACCUCUCUAGCAUGGCAGUCUUUGGCUCAUUGGUUAGACCUAAUGAAUGUGGAUGGAUGGAUCCCACGUGAGCAGAUUCUUGGGCUUGAAGCUCGCAGCAAAGUGCCAAACGAGUUUGUGGUUCAGCGUGAUGAGAAUGCCAAUCCCCCAACACUGUUUCUGGCUUUGCAUCAGCUUUUGGCAAAGGAGGAUGUAACAUCAGAAGACCUGCAAUACCUGCGCCGUGCAUAUCCUCGUCUUAAGACCUGGUACAAUUGGUUUAAUGUGACCCAAGCUGGACGUCUUCCAAACACAUACCGGUGGAGAGGAAGAGACAAAGACCCCUUUCGUUUCCUGAAUCCAAAGACACUGACGUCCGGUUUGGAUGACUAUCCACGGGCAUCCCAUCCGUCAGAGGAUGAACGACACGUUGAUCUGUUCUGCUGGAUGGCUUUAGCUUCUGAAGUGAUGGCAAAUAUCUCUGAUCUGUUGGGAGAAGAUGGGGUACAGUAUCAUGAGUCACAGCGUAUACUUACAGACAACACUCUGCUGGACCGCCUCCACUGGGCUGAGAAACUUGGGUCUUAUGCAGAUUAUGGCAACCACACAAAGAAUGUAGCACUUGAGUGGGAAAGGUUAAGUCCUCUUCCUGGGCAGGACCCCCACAGACUUCCACCACCAAAGCUUGUUAGGGUUGUAAAGAAGCCUCCUAGGCUACAGUUUGUAGACUCCCUCGGCUAUGUAUCUCUGUUUCCCUUUUUCCUUCAGAUUUUAACUCCCGAUUCUCCCAAGCUUGGGCAGCUGCUUGCCCAUUUGCGAGAUGCUGAUAAGCUGUGGACACCCUAUGGUCUCCGCUCAUUGUCAAAGAGCAGCUCCCUCUACAUGAAGCGCAACACUGAGCAUGAUGCCCCCUACUGGCGGGGCCCUGUCUGGAUUAAUAUGAACUAUUUGGCAGUUAGAUCCUUGCACAAGUAUUCCCACACGGAAGGACCACAUCGUCAUCAGGCUGCCCUUUUAUAUAGGGAGCUGCGGGAGAACUUGCUUAGCAACCUGUACAGACAGUACAAAGAUACAGGCUUUUUGUGGGAGCAAUACAAUGACAAGACUGGCUGGGGUCAGGGAAGCUUCCCAUUUACAGGGUGGUCAUCUUUGGUAGUGCUGAUGAUGGCAGAGGAAUACUAAAUGUUAAUGCAGAGCACUGUACUGAACACUACCACCAACACAAGGAGUUCAGGAACUGUGUGGGAGUCUGCCUGAGCUCUGCUGUUAGAAGAUAUAUUGUUACUUAAUCCAUAUGAUGAAACCUUAACUGGUUCUACUGGUGGACCUGUGACAUAAUUUAUUUUAUGGGUGGGAUUUGUGUAACCCUGUUUCUACUGAAGGGACCUAUAUUGUCAUUGUUGCAAAAAAAUGAACCAGCAAUAUAUCUGGUUGUGUGGGUAAAACAAGUGGGACCUGUGAUUUUGGAUGAACGGGACCUAUGAUGUCACUGUUUGUACUAGUUGUAUCUAUGAUGUCACUGAGUGGAUGAGUGGGAUUUGUGGCAUCGAUUCCUGGAUGGUGGGACCAGUGACCUCACUGAAUGCGUGGGAGGGACCUUUGAUGUUACAGGAUACAUGGGUGAGACCUGUGGCAUCACUGGUUGGAUGAAUAAGAUCUGUGAUGUCACUGGUUGCAUGGAGGGGAGUUAUGAUGUUACCAGCUGAACUGACAGGUCACAAGCUAUGUCCCACCACCCAUCCCACCAUGGGCAAGCCGCAUGCAUGAGAAACUGUGCGAGGAAUUCAAUCUGACACUUGCAGUGAAUGGAGUUUUAUACGGCGUGAUGUUUAAACCUGAUGCAAAUAAUGGCCGUUACCUUAACUGCUUCCCUGCCAUGUAGGGGCCAAUCUGACACUUGCAGUGAAUGGAGUUUUAUACGGCGUGAUGUUUAAACCUGAUGCAAAUAAUGGCCGUUACCUUAACUGCUUCCCUGCCAUGUAGGGGCCAUACUGUGCUAACCUGCCCAGCACACCACUUAUUAACUGGUGAUCCCUGGACUUUUAAAGAAAUCUAUGGAGAAAUAAAAUACAUCCUGUAUA